AUACCCUUGUCCUGUGGUUGCCACUAGCAGCCAGUAGUGACCAGACGCAACCAGAUGUCACUUUGCAGCACUCGUCCAGCUAAAACGCUCGAACAAGGCUCCAAAUUCUGAGUCAACGAGUAUUGCCCAGAAUAUUUCGCACACUGCGUAAAAUCCUAAUCGGAUAAAUGGCUGGUCAUAAUUAUUUGAGCGAUCCGAAGAAUCCAUUCUUUUCGUUAGAGGACGAUGUGGACGAUGAGACAUUUCUGAGGAACGCACCAGCCAGGACGGGGCGUUAUCAUGGCUUCGAUAAUGACAUUGACCAAAAUCGCCAACAGUUGCUGCAACGUAAGAAGGAAAUCGAGGAACGCACGGUGCAAUCCUCGGAAAGAUCUGUUUCGCUUCUGAGAGAUUCCGAGCAAAUUGGGGUAGCCACAGCUGAGGAAUUAAUCAGGCAAAAAGAACAGCUGCAGAGGACGGAGAAAAGAUUAGACGAUAUUAAUAGUACAUUAAGAUUUAGUCAAAAACAUAUACAAGGCAUAAAGAGUGUAUUUGGUAGUCUGAAGAAUUAUCUCAGUGGCAAAUCAUUAGAUGCUCCGCCGAUACCAUCUACAAAAUUGUCAGAAUCUUCUAGUUCUGGAUCUGUAACAUCUCCUGCAUUGUCCAACACGUUAGAACAAAUACAAAAUGACAUGAGCAAUUCCUAUUCGUCGACAAUGAUAAGAAGAAAUUACGACGACAACAGUUUGGAAGAUGUUAAACCUACUAACGACAGAGUAACUAGAGUUCUCGAACAAAAUCUAACCGAGAUGAGUGGAUCAUUGGCAAGACUAAAACAUCUGGCGAUUGGUUUAUCCGAAGAAAUAGAUUCACAGAAUGAUCUGAUUGAUAAUAUCACUGAUAAAACUGAGAAAGCAGAUAUAACGCUGCAACAACAAAAUAAAGAUAUGUUACAUUUAUUGAAAAAAUAAAUUUAACCGUCAUCAGAAAAUUCUUACCUAUAAUCUUAUGAUAUUAACUGUACUUCUAUGAAGUAUAGAUCUAUAUGUUCCAUGAUAAAGUAAAUCUUUGACAUUAAUUUGUAUUGUUAAAUCUGGUGCAUGUUGGCCAUGCAAUUAUAUCGUGCGAGGUAUUUUAUAGAGUUUUUCACAAGGCGCGGAGAUUGCGCGAUCUUUACAAAAUAAUUACGAUGCGAAACUAGAACAUGUUUGUUGUUAGAGUUUAUGAUCUUUAAGAAGAAAGAACUUUUCUUAUGCGAUCUUAUAGAUAUCUUUAUAUAUGCAAAUGCUAAACGAAGAGAUUUUCAUUAUUUCUCAAGAUCUUUUGUAGUUUUUUAAGAUGGAAACUGUGAUAAGCAUAUAUAUAUAUUUUGUGUAAUUGUCCUAAGUUGAUCUUGAUUUAUAAUUGGCAUAAAAAUAUGAUUUACUGAAGAAAUAAAAAGAUUGGCAAAACUGUAUCCAUGGA